UGCUAGGCAGACACACACACAUGCAUGCAUACACACACACGCACACACACAAACCGAACAGCAAAAUGGCCGACCGUCAACUGACUGACUUUAUAGCUCGUUAGAAAACGAAGAGGUUCUGCAUAUUUGGUUUACAGUAUCAUUAAACAUACAUUCUAUUCGGAAUUUUUAAAAGGGUAUUUUUCGUCAUUCUCUACUAUUCGCCUUUUGGGAAUACUACAUUGUUUCUGUGUGCGUGUAUUAUUUUUUUUGCCUCGAAUGCCUCAAAACGCCAGAAUUUCGCACUCAAGCACUUUAUUUCAUGUGUAAUUCCUGAGAUGAGAGAUCCCCGUGGUCGCCAGCCGACUUGUGCAUCCCUGGCAACCGUGGAAAUACUGGGAUGUCCUGGACUGUCUGACCUCCUUCUCUUCUCCUCCCACCCCUCUGCUUCUUCCCUCGUUUUGCCUCAGAGAAGAGAAUUGGGAAAGGGAAGAGCAGUUCAUGGAAGACAAGAAAAGGAAGAAAGAAGAUAAAAGGAAACGGGACGCUUCCCAGAAGGUCGCAGAACAAAAAAACAAAGUGCCAGACUCGACCAAGUGCACACUCACUCAGUCUUCGGCCACCCCCAGCUCCGCGUCCCCCAGCCCUGGCCCCGCUUCCUCGGCCUCCCCCUUGCCUGCCGGGGCUGUGGCUGGCGCCCCCUCCCAGAGUGGGAACAAUGCCAAGCGGCCGGCUGCGUCCAACGGGCAGCCCCCCACUGGCGGAACCCAGGCCCCACAGCGCUACAUGCCCCGUGAAGUGCCCCCCCGUUUCCGCUGCCAGCAGGACCACAAAGUGCUACUGAAGAGGGGCCAGCCGCCGCUGUCCUGCAUGCUGCUGGGGGGGGGCGCCCCCGCCGCCUCGCCAGGGGACGGCACCAAUGCGACAGUAGCUGCCGCCUCAGAUUGCGGUCCUGGAUCAGCAGGCUCAGCUUCCUCACUACCCCACUCUUCCUCCUCUUCUUCCUCCUCGUCAUCGCCAUCAGUCGCUGCUUCUUCUACUAUUUCUUCUUCAAAUUAUGCAAAUUCCACGUGGGGGGCGAGCUCCGGCAGCCAGCCCCUCUCUCAGGGCCGGGAGAAGGUGAUAGUGGACAGGUCCGACCUGGAGGAGUGGCCGAGUAUUUUGGGGGCGAGUGCCGCCGGGGGGGAGACCGGCGGUGCCCCCUGGGGCGAUAGACACAUGCAGCAACAUGCGGGAGGAGCGGGGAAGGGCGGACCUCCAUCCCCCCCGUUGUCAUCCUCCUGCCCCGUGAGGGAAUGUACACAAUUAAGUGGCGCUGUUUGGGGCGGCUCGUCCCAGGCCAGUGCUGGGGGGGGCAUGGGCUCCCGGUCCAAAGUCUCCACCCUUCCUGGGACUGCUGAUGGUUGUAUGGCUACGGGCAGUGGGACCCCUGGUGCCAACUUCACCCCCAAUGCCAACCCUUCAGCCUGGCCAGCCCUCGUGCAGGAUGGGGCAGCUGGGGCUUGCCCCUCGGUGGCCGAGGGUGGGCCGUCUGCUCUACCAAACUUGUCAUCGUCGUCUCUGUCUGCUGAUCCUUCCUUGGGCCACCCGGCUCCCUCCCUGAACCCUGUCGGCCAUCAGCAUCAACCUCACCAAAUGCAAGUCCGGGAUGCCGAGCCCCUCUGCGGGGAGUGGGGGGGCAUGGGACCAAAAAAAUCUGGACUGGAUGAAGGCGAGUGUGGUCCGCUGGAUGGUGGGGAGCUCGCUACCUCUUUGUCGUCCUCGUCCUCCUCGUGCAGAGCUCUCUCUUUCUCCUCCAAUCCUAAGAUGGGUGCCUCGAAGACUUGCGUCGAAGACUGGGAGGGUGGGUCUGGAGGGGGCGUGUUCUCUGGCGAAGGGGGCGGGUCUUUGACUUACGCCAGCCAGGAGGGCAAAGAUGGCAUCGGAGCUUUGGGGGGUAAAGCCUGGGGAACAGGCUGCGGGGGCACCAGUAAGACCACUGGGGUAUCUCAGGGAGCGUGCGGUGGGGGAGAUGGGGCAGAGCUUUCGGUGGGGGAAUGGGGCAGUACUGCGGGGGCGGCUAGCACGAGCGGGCCUAGCAAUCAGGUCGCAGGAGGCAGCAGUGGCGUAGGCACCGCGCCUGCGACACGAGCUUGGGACAAUCAGAAAGGGGCCGGCGAUGAUGCAGGGGGCGAUGUCGGCGAGUGGGGGGGCCAGGGCAGGGGUGGUGGGGGCGGGACUUCGUCCUCCAGCGGCGGCGGGCACUCUCGAGCUGGAGGCGGCCCUCACAAUCAACACCAUGGCCCACCCCGCCCUCACCCGGCUGCCAACCCUGAAGUGGCCUUACAGAACUUGCUCAGCCGGACCGACCUGGACCCCAAGGUGCUGUCCAACACCGGAUGGGGCCAGACGCAGAUCCGGCAGAACGUGGCCUGGGAUUUGGGUGGAGGCGCUGCUGCAGCUGCCGGCUUCAGUUCCUCCACCCCGCCGUCCUCGAACCUGAGUCCUGCUGGCCUAGCCCCUGUGUACCCCCCUGCUGCAGAAUCUGCCCCCACUGACCCAUCCGCUGCUUCCCAUCUCACAGGCGGCGCUCCGAGUUCCCAGGGGCUGAGUGCUGCGCCUCUGCCCGGAGAUGCCUGGGACGGCGGCAGUAACACUGGCCAACCAGGCCGCAGCUCCCAGCCCUCUGGCCCCGGGUUACGCAAUCCGACUGCCAGCACACAGCCCGGCUCCGGGGGCCCGGGAAAUGCAUUGGGGGGCCAGGGGAAGGCAGCCGGGGGCUGGGGUGGGAUUGGGCAACCGGAAAACAUAGGCAAGGGGUGGGGUAGCGAGGGGCAGGAGUGGAGAGAGCGUAGAGGAGGUGGAGGAAAUGGGUGGGGCGAUUUUGGGCAACAGGGUACGGUGGGUGGCGGAGGUGGGAAUGGAUGGGGAGUAGGUGGAGAUGAGAAGGGGGGAGGAUGGAAGGACAAAGGCAGGGAGGGGUCAGGCUGGGGGCAAAGAGAUGGCAGCAAUGACUGGGACAAGCGGGAGCCCAAAUCAGGGGGUUGGAGGGAGGGGAAGGGAAACGGAGCCAGUGGGAGCGGGGAUGCCGACCUGGGGACUUGGGGGGGCUGGGAAGGUGCGGGUGGAGGCGGAGGCGGAGACGGAAAAGCCCAGCAGGGCUGGGGAGGGAAAGCCCAUUCUCUGCCGGCGCCAAGCAGCCAGGCAGGAGGCCUGAAGGGCACAGCACAGCAGCAGCAAUCACAGCCAACGCAGCAGGACGCGGCUGGCGGCUGGGGCAGGCCAGGCGGCCCUCCGUCCCAGAACCCGAACCAGAACCAAAGCUCAGGCUGGACCUCGGGCCCCGUGCCCCAGCCGCCCAGCAGCCGCCCCGAGGGCCCUGAGCCCAGCGGCUGGGAGGAGCCGUCGCCGCAGUCCAUCAACCGCAAGAUGGAGAUUGACGACGGCACCUCGGUGUGGGGCGACCCCAACCGCUACAACUACAAGAGCGUCAACCUGUGGGACAAGAACGGCGCCCCCUCUGGCCAGGGGCAGCAGGCCUCCCACCACGGCCAGCAGCCCCAGCAGCAGCAGCCCCAGCAGCAGCAGCAGCAGCAGCAGCAGCCGCAGCAGCAGCAGCAGCAGGGCCCUGGGAGGCCAAUGCAGCAGCCUGCAGUUCCAGGGAACAGGGAGUCCAGCUCCGGACCUGGGAAGAAUUCUGGGAUGGCUUGGGGCAACAGCGGCGCCCCCUCUAGCCCAUCCGUGGACAACGGCACAGCAGCCUGGGGCAAGCCUACGGAUGCCCCCACUGGCUGGGGAGACCUAGAAGAUUCUGCCAAGCCUACUGGUUGGGGACACCCCUCCCCCAGCACCGGUCCGAAGUCUAUGCAAGACGGCUGGGGCGAGGCAGACGGCUCCGUCAGCGCUUCCCGCCACUCCAGCUGGGAGGAGGACGAGGAGAGCAGCGGCGGGGGCGUGUGGAGCAGCACCGGCUCACAGGGCAGCAGCUCCUCCUACAACUCCGGGGGCUGGAGUCAAGGCCACACAGCUGGGGGCAAGAAGGCCAACAGCAAGGGCGCGCUGAAGGGCGGAGGUGGAGGGGGAGACGCUUGGAUCGGCCCCAUGAGCCGGCAGUUCUCCAACAUCGGGCUCCUGGGUGAGGACCCCAGCGGAAGGGCACUGGACCUAGCUCCGGGGCCUCCCCAGGACAAGAAAUUGGAUGGGGAGAAGCGGGGAAUAUCCCCGACCGACUACAACGGAGAGAUGCGCAAAGGCGGGAGGGGCGGAGGUGGAACGGGGCCCGUCUUCCGGCCCGGAUCCAAAGAAGUCUGUUCUGCUGAGCCUGGGCCAUAUUAUGAUAAGGCGGGUGGACACGGCGUGUUUGGUAGCAGUGGUGGCAUGGCUCCGUCUCGGGGGGUGCACCAGCCUGGUGUGCCGCCCAUAAAUCCAUCCCCAGGCAUACGAGCGCAAGUGCCUCAUCAGUUCCUGUCGCCUCAGGUGUCAGGCUCUGUGCUGAAGCAGAUGCCACCCCCCAGCAGCGGCGUCGGGGGAGUGGGAGCGGGGGUGUUCCCUGCCCAGCUCUCUCCCCAGCACCUCGCCAUGCUGAGCAGCAUCUACCCCCCCCACAUUCAGUUCCAGCUGGCCUGUCAGCUCCUAUUGCAGCAGCAGCAGCAGCAGCAGCAGCCACCACCGCAGCUCCUGCAAAACCAGAGGAGGUUCUCCCAGAAUCUGCGGCAGCAGUCGGACCCACAGCAGCUGGCCAGGAUUAUGGCCGUCCUUCAACAACAGAAGCAGCAGCAGCAGGUCGGAGGUCCUGGCGGGGGCUCCAAGCUGUCCCCGUCACACAUGGGGGGGGGUCUGCCAAAGCAGACGAUGGCUGACCCCUUGCCCCACCCUGGGCUUGGGGGAUCUUUGGCUGAGCAGCUGCAUCAGAAGACACAAGGAGGAUUCCCUGGGUUCGGCUCCGGAGUGAACCUGUCUGGUCUGGAGAUGGGCUCGAUGGUGGGGGGCCCCGGCGGAAUGAAGGACGGUGGGGGGCAGCAGUCCCGGUUUAAAUGGCUGAUGGAGGGGCACUCCCCCAAUCCAUCCCCCCCCGACACCGCACCACACAAGAACGGUCCCAUGUCCACGCCAAUGAAAUUAAGGGGCGGCUCUCCCUACUCCCAGUACGAGUUGCUAGGCAACGACGGUCUUGGGGUGCCCCCGCAAGGCCCAUCCGAUAACUGGCAUCGAACCCCGGGGAAGAUGGGCGUCAAGGCCGGCGCCUCCAGCUGGCCACCUGAGUUCCAGCCCGGAGUUCCCUGGAAGGGCAUUCAGAGCGUUGACCCCGAAUCUGACCCCAACAUGACCCCAAGCAGUGUUCUGGGUUCCACAGGGACCUCGAGCCUCAAUGACAAUGAGCACCAGUUACUGAGAGACAAUGCAGAAUCCAACCCCUCCCUGAACACCUUGCUGCCUUCACAUGGUGCCUGGCCCUACAGUGCCUCAGACAGCCCCCUCAACAAUGCACAUAAUACAGCAAAGUACACUGAAUACAAGCCCAGCUGGCCUCCUGAUCCGAUUGGACACAACAAGCUGUGGAAGGCCAAAGGCAACAGCUCUCAGAUGCCCCGCCCUCCCCCUGGUCUGACCCAUCAGAAGCAGCCCUCUGUGUCGCCGUGGGCCGGGGGUACUCCCCGAUUGGCCAGGGGUUGGGGAGGGUCUGGUGGCAGCCAAGACACUCGAUAUGGGCCAGGCUCCGCCUGGAGCGAUUCUGGGACGUCCAGAAGCAGCUGUUGGCUGUUGCUUAGCAACCUUACUCCACAGAUCGACGGCUCCACCCUACGCACCAUUUGCAUGCAGCACGGCCCCCUGCUGACCUUUCACCUUGGCCUGACACAGGGCAGCGCUCUGAUUCGCUACAGUUCUCGGCAGGAAGCAGCCAAGGCCCAGAGUGCAUUGCACAUGUGUGUCUUGGGCAACACCACCAUCCUGGCCGAGUUUAUGAAUGAGGAGGAGGUCGGUCGGUAUUUUGCACAUUCCCAAGUGGGUGGGGGCGGGGCCAGCGGUGGAGGCGGGGCUGCCGUGAAUGUCCCAGGUGCUGGAGGAGGCCAGGGGCCAUCAGGGACAGGUGCCGUGGGGGGCAGCAGCGGAGGCGGGAGCACCCCGGGAAGCGAGAGGGAGCGGGAAAGGGCGGUGGUGGCGGCAGCCGGAGGAGCAGGACCGACUGAAGCAAGCAGCAAUGGAGGGGGGAGUGUGGGGACCGUAGGGCCUCCCUGUUCUGGAUGGCAAGGAUUGGACGGUACAGGCAGCUCUCCGGAUCCCUCCCAGUCCCAAGGAACCAGCCUGGGCCUCUUUGCCCAGUGGAGCAGCAACGGGUCUGGGGGAGCAGGAGGGGUGGUGGGUAGCAGCGUAGGGAGCGUGGAGCCUGGAAGACAAGGACUAUGGGGUGGCAUGGCCCCAGGCUAUCCCAGCAGUAGCCUCUGGGGGGCACCCCCAGUGGAAGACAGACACCAGAUGGGCAGCCCAGCUGCAUUGCUGCCUGGAGACCUUUUGGGAGGAGGAACUGACUCCAUAUGAUGCUGUUUCUCUGUCUCUGUCUCUCUCUCUCUGUCUCUCUCUCUCUCUCUCUCACACACAUACACACACACACACACACAGACAACAGCACUGGCCUGUGCAGGUGCUUACAAGGCAGCACACAAGCCCUCAUGCCAAAACAUCUUAUCUCAUAAACCUAUGCCAAUGGUGCAGACACACACACCACACACACACUUAACCUUUGCCCUAAAUGAAGACUUCAACAUCCAGACUUGAACCGACAGAGUCAGUCGGACUCGGACUUGACUGGAUAACACUUAAAUCCGGAGUGGAACUGAAAUGCAGGAAUUCAUGCAAGCAAAAACAGAUUCAAGGAAGUAUCUGCGUUCAACCGCUGUAAAAAAAACACAAUGUGCAUCACACGGGUGUUCUCCGUGAGUUCUGGACAACCUGCAGCAUUGGUGUUGCUGUCACUCCCAUAGAAGGGAUCGCACAUCUCCCGCACAGGGCAGGCUCAUGUUCCACAGACUAACUGUAUCUUAACGUAUGUUCUGUGUUCAGUUUAUUUGGAGCAGUGGAAUCCAGAAAUGUCUUGUUCCUCUUCAAAACUGACCUCCAGCUUUAUUAUUAUCGUUGUUAUUUUCUUACUAAGUCAAGUUCAUUAUUAUGACUAUGAUUGUUUCGGUUUUAUUUACCCUUACGAGGAACCGUCUUGUUUUUGUGAGACUGAGAGGAUUGUAAUGAGGAAACAAGAUCGGAGUUUCUUGAGAGACAGGGUAUCUCACGCGAGCAGAGGCCUUUGGGCAGGAGUGGUCCGAGUGCGUUACCUGCUCUGCCAGUGGUCCCUGGCACUAACGCAUCUUGAUACGUUCUUUUUUUUUUAAGCAUCCUUUUCAUUUGUACCAUUUGAUCUGCAAUAAUACAAAGUGACUCUUGAAGAAGUGAUUGACAGCAUUGCACGCGGUCCGAUGCCAAAUCUGUCAGACCAAGUUGGGGGGGGGGGGGGGGGGGGUUAUGCAAAUACCUUAAGUUACAACUGUGUGUUAGUUUUGUUGUUGAUGAAGAUCCUUUUAAGUUAUGGCGGGCUUUAACACUCCUGUUCAGUUUUUGUUUUCAUAUUCUACAAAAAAGAGAAUUUUUAAAAAGGAACAAAUUAAUAAAGGUUGAAUUAAUGGCUCUGGUUAUGUUGCAUUAGACGGAAAGAGGAUUUGUGUUUACACUUGAAACACUUUGUGGUGAGAGACACCUCCCUGCUUUCAUGACAGAUGUGUUGGUCACACUGUUUUCUUUCUUUAUAUAUACACUCACUCGCACACAAACACACCUCUGCCAUUUUCAUGGACUCUGAUUUUCUUUUGCCAGUCUGUCUGACCAGUGCUUUGUCUUAGUUUCGACGUUGCCAUGUGUCGAAUUCUUUCUAAAAAUCGUUCAUUUGCGCAGGAGACCUUUUCGUAUGGGGUUGAUCGGUUUGAGGUACGAACUUUGGACGCAGCACGUACACAAAUGGCAAGGACCCCAUAUCACUCCACCCGACAGAUUUCCACGCUAAAAUCGUCGUCCUUGCAGAUGAAGCACUGUACCUCACAGUCAAUGCUCUGGGUCAUUGGUUCUUAUUACGAUGGGUAAUGAGUACCCAUUGGGUUUAAAUCCCGAUCUCUUGUUCUCUCGCUUCCAACCGGAUCUGUGAAGUACACAGUGUGCUCAGUCACUUUGAAAUAUUGUACAUUCAGGAGUCUGCUGUGGCCCUCAAGAACUGUUAGGGGCUAUGUUCAUCAGUGUUCAGUUUGGGAGGAGGAUUCAGUACACUUCUCAGUGCAGUUAUCUGGACAAGAGGUAACUGCUGGUAGGAGCUCAGGCUGAGCAAAUCGGGCUGAGGCUUCUUGAUUAAGUGAGGUUGCCAGGCUCUAGAUUUCUAGAGUUUGUAGCUGGGAACCUAUCUGCUGAUGUUCAGUUUUUGGUAAUGACAUUAACAUUUUCAACUUUUUAAUUUUUGUCUUUUUUUAAAAAAAAAAAAUAUAUAUAUAUAUAUAUAUAUGUGUUUGCUUGUCAGGGAUUAGUUUACAAUUGCAUAAAUAUACACAAGAAACAUACAAAGGUUACUACUGGAGAUUCUCAGCGUGUGAGGUUUAAGAUUUUUUUUAAUCAAACCGAGUGAUAUUUUUUGUCAAUGCUGUGUAUAAAUAUAUAUGUACAAUGUAAACAAAAGGGACAUUUUGGGGGGACGGCAUGGGAGUGCAGGGCAGACCCCAACCUCCCCAUUAAAAAUCUUAAAUAAACAGCUUGUUUUCACUCAUUAUAA